UCUAUGGCCGUUGUCCAAAACCAUCAAUUUCUGAACUGUUAAGUGAACAACCUGAUGAAUGAAAACACACCAGUUCUUAUAUUCAGUAGACAACCUGUCGCACACGCAUGUAGGAAAGAGAGACACUAUAAUCAUCUAUAUAUAUUAUAUAUUAUAUAUUAAAUAUUAAAAUAUUGAUAUUAUAUUAUAUUAUAUACUUCAAAGCUCAGAGGAAGCAAAAGGAAAAGCAAAAAGGGUUAAAAAAAAAAAGAAAAAAAAAAAGAAAAAAAAGAAAAAUUCCAUUAAUCUAUCUUUUUAGAUUCUCUUUUUGAUACAGAGUUAUAUACGUAUACAUCCAAUCCAAUUGGUGAAGCCUCUCUCUUUCAUUGAAGUGGUUCUUGUUCCUCUCGGGCUUUACUGAGUUAUAUACGUAUACAUCCAAUUGGUGAAGCUCUCUCUUUCAUUGAAGUGGUUCUUGUUCCUCUCGGGCUUUACUGUGACACACCAUGCUCAAUGAGUAGCAUCUUCAAAUAGAGAUGGGAAGAUGCGAUAGAUGGUGAUUGCUAUUGAUGAUCUUCAAAUCUUCUAUAAAGUGCCAUAAAGAACAAUUAGCUUCCGAAGUAUGAAAAAAAUGGCAUCUGAACUUGUCAAUUCCGCGACAAGUGAGAAACUAACUGAAAUGGAUUGGAUGAAAAACAUUGAAAUAUGUGAAUUAGUCUCGCUUGAUCAAAGGCAAGCUAGAGAUGUCAUCAAAGCUAUUAAAAAGCGCAUGGGGAGUAAGAACUCGAAUACUCAAUUAUUUGCAGUUACGUUGUUAGAGAUGUUGAUGAAUAAUAUUGGAGAGCAUAUUCAUCGGCAGGUGAUUGAUGCAGGGCUUCUCCCUAUACUCGUGAAGAUAGUGAAGAAAAAGACAGAGAUGCCUGUGCGAGAGAAGAUAUUUCUUCUUCUAGAUGCCACCCAGACAUCCCUUGGUGGAGCUUCUGGGAAGUUCCCUGAAUAUUAUACUGCAUAUUAUGAUUUGGUGAGUGCAGGGGUACAGUUUCCUCAGAGACCUCAUGUGAUUCCAUUCAAUCAUUCUACUUCAAAUUCGAACAAGAAUCAGCCGCCUAGUGGGGAAAUUGCUUCUUCUGGACAUGAAAGGGUUCCGCCACAAGCAGAGUCUAAAGUAGUUGCUGAAUCUAGUGUUAUUCAGAAGGCUGGUACUGCAUUACAAGUUUUAAGAGAAGUCCUUGAUGCUGUUGAUGCUCAACAUCCUGAGGGAGCAAAGGAUGAGUUCACACUUGAUCUUGUGGAACAAUGUUCAUUUCAAAAGCAACAAUUAAUGCAGCUGGUGAUGACUUCUCGGGAUGAGAAGGUGAUUUCUCGAGCAAUUGACUUGAAUGAGGAGCUCCACAAAGUACUUUCAAGACAUAAUGCACUUGUAUUUGGUAGGUCAACCUCCACUUCAAAUCAUUUUAACCCUGAAGUAGAGGAAGAAGAGGAUGCUGAACAACUUUUGCGGAGCAGGAUAAGAAAAGGGAAAGCUUGUGCACGGCCUGAAGACGAAGAGCGUCAAAUAGAGAAACCUUUUGGAUUGCCUGGAUCUCCUGUUCCAGGAGAAAGCCUAAACCGUCCACAUAUACGGCCACUGAGUUUGGAGCCAUCACAAGAGCUCAAUACACUCCCUCCUGCUGUUGCAAUUCCACCCCCACCUGCAAAACAUGUUGAAAGAAAGAAAUUCUUCCAAGAGAACAAGUUAAAUGAUUCUGUUGUUUCAGGCCACAUGAGGGGCCUCUCGUUACAUAGUCGCAAUGCCAGCAGCUCGCACAGUGGAAGUAUGGAUUCUAGUGACUGAUCAUACUCUGAAUAGGUCUUCCUUCUAUAGUUGUAAAUGAAGAGUGGUUAUGGCUGUGCCGUUCGCAGCGAAAAAUUGGAAGGUCCGGUCACUGGUAGGUCUCGAUAUGUUUGUCUAUUUUUUUUUUUUUUUUUUUUUUUUAUUAAUAUUAUUUUUUUUUUUAUGUAUAAAAUAUCGGCUGGAACUGUGUGUUGUGAUGUCAAAGACUGACUUUUUGAGUUGUGUUACUCCGAUUAUUACCAAUAACAUCUCAGCAAUUUAUUUUUUUUCUUUUUCA